AUGGCGUCCCAGAUCUCAACCCGUUUGUUCACGUAUGAUUAUGUAGUGUUCGGCAACACCGGUGAUACGCCUGGCUGGGUAACGUUCGACCCUCGAGUCUACGGCAUGGAACCCCUGAGUGUGAUGGCCAUCGUGUGUAACAAUAAGUUGAUUUACGGUAUAUGGGGAGACACGAACGGUGAUGAUGGUGUGAACCCCAGGGUUGGGGAAGCUUCCAUCUCAGUUGCCACUCUCUGCUUUGGGCACGAUUUAGAUGGUGCGGUAGGCUUUGAUGAAGAGCAAAUACUGUACAUCGGGUUUACUGGCGCUGAAGCGGUCCCGGGUACAGAUGCGAACUGGAGAGCAGCUGAUGAGAAAGAGUUUCAAUCGAGUAUUGCGAAACUUGGUGAUAGGCUCAUUCAGCGGAUCGGUUCGUAUUGGUAA